UACGUGAAGUGCGUUCGUUUGCUCUGCAGAGCGGUCGGAAAUUUCCAGCGAAAGUAAAGCAAAACCCCGCAAAAAGCUCAUCCCUUCCAGAAUUAAAGAUUCGUUUGCAGCAACCACACAACAAGAUGCGUUCGUUCACCGUUGUUGCCGUGCUGGCGCUCAGCUUCUGCUACGUCCAUGCUGCCGAUGAGCCCGCCUCGAAGGAGGCCGCCGUCGCCGCCGAGGGUGGCAAGACCUACAAGCGACUCAUCCCAGCGGACGUGCUGCGAGAUUUCCCCGGAAUGUGCUUUGCCUCGACCAAGUGUGCCACGUUCGAGCCGGGCCAGUCCUGGGAGCUGACACCGUUCUGUGGUCGCUCCACCUGCGUGCUGUCCGAUGACGCUCAGCCACGCCUGCUCGAGCUGGUAGAGGACUGUGGACCGCUGCCACUGGCCAACGAUAAGUGCAAGCUGGACACUGAGAAGACAAACAAGACGGCUCCCUUCCCGUCCUGCUGUCCAUCGUUCACCUGCGAGCCGGGCGCGAAGCUGGAGUACCCAGAGGUGAAGACUGCCUCAGAAUCGGCCACGGAGCAGUCUGCCAAGAACUAAGCGUCGUGUCGUCGUGUUGGCACUACUUUGCCAUUCGGUGCAAUCCAGCACACCGGCAUACAGCAGCAUCUUAAUCUACGCGACAAGCUCCUAUCCUAAGAGUUAGAACAGACAAAAAAAUCUCACAGACACAUAAAGCAGCGAGCAUAACAUAACCAUUUUAAAACCCCCAUUCCCAAGUACGACCCAAGUCAUGCGAAUACGUGUUGACAUUUCAAUAUGUUUCCAUUUUUUUCUGUUUGUAAUUUGUUACCAUUUACAUACUUCCGGUAUCUCCGAACAGAGGUUUAUUUCGAAUAGGAAGAGGUAGCGGCAUACUACCCCUAUGAUCCUCGACAGUAACAGCAAGCAGUAUAUGAACAAUUAGUCAAGUUUGUGAUAUUAGAAGUAUAUAUUUAUCUGGAGAGGAAACGCAAAAGCAAACAGCAAACGCCACAAACACCGAACACCAGAACCCAACGUCAGAAACCAGACGGUACAGCAGUAGUGCAGUAGUAAUGUAAGUGAAGAUCCUACCGUACGAUAGUUACUGCUUACACGCUCCAAAACGAUCGCUUGUGUUGGUAUGCAUGGGUUAGCAAGGAAGCUUUCUGUUAGGAUACUGCAUCGGGAAAAACAAACAAACAGCAACAUUACACUGGUUUCUCUGUGUUCGGUCUGCAUCGUUUGACACCAACCAUUCCACCUCAGAACAAACAGGCCCACUCCGUAAAGGUUAUUUUUUCUUCGCCAUCUCCUCAUCUUCAUCUACUUCCGGUGCAGACGAUCAUUAUGUAUUGCGCAAUGUCUAAAUACUGUUUUAAGUUUUUUGUAAUUUUGUUUUUUCGAACAAUCUUUUCAAAUAAAAUUCAAUUCAGUACUGAAUUAAUAAUGUAA